GAAAGUUUGUAAACACCGUAUUUUUCAAGGUCUAAAUUUGAGGCUUCUGCGAACCCUGUUGUUGUUGUUGCGGUUUGGACAUUUUGAACAACAAUGGAACAUGGCCAGCUUCCACCAAAUGGUACUUUAGAGGGACAUCAUCAGGACCUUAACCACCCUUACUGGAUGCAUCCAUCACACAGAGCCAACCACUCAUCUGGAAACAGGAAAGUGCCUGUGGAUUGCCAUGGUGAUGGCGAAGCUGUCGUUGAUGAUUUACUUGACAGAUCUGGACUGUUUGAUGAGCUGGUGUGCCAGAUUUUGGAUGAAAGUCCCCCAAAUACUGAGGCAGGAAAAAUGAGUAUUCAGCAGAACCAGCAUUUCGAUUCAGCCAUCAAGGACCAGUUUCAGGGUCUGCACAUCAGGACUCCUGCUGACACUGUCUCUUCUGCCUGGGCCAAAACUAAAACUGAAAGAAGUCAUGAAAGCUCAGUGCAUCCAAGAUUCCCUCCAGGGAUCACAGAGAGACCUGAACAUCCAGCAUUAUUUAGUGAGAUGUAUCCAGGCAUCCCAGCAAAUGAAGGCCAACAAGGAAACAUAACACCAGCUACUGGUUCACCCCUACAGCAACCUAUGGCAGGUGAUGCAGAAAAACACAAGAGGAUGCAAGAUUAUUUUCACAGCGCUCCAAACUUCAUGAAGGGGGAGAAUUCGGAGCCGCACGAAUUCAAAGCGAACUUCCCUGAGAGGUCUUUUCAGGGUGUUUUGCCUAAUUCAGGAGGGGACUGUAGGAAUAUCGUUUUUCCUAACUCAGAGAAUCAAUACGGUGCUUCCAGGUUAAAUCUUACCAGUCAAUCCAUGAGUAGUGGUCGUGGGGGACAAGACGGCGCUAGGGAUACACAAGCUACGGAGGAUCCCCACCAGUACUUCAGGCAGAGAGCAUCCGCAGCACAGCAAGCUCAGCAGUUUCCAAGACCACAAGGUAGAUCGGCGCAGCAGUUUCCAAUGAAUGAACAACAGCAGGCUAUGAACUUGCCAUUUGCCAAUCAGGAUGCCAAGACCCACCUGAUGCAGCAGAUGAACAUGGCCAACAACUGGACCAACUUCAACAAUCUCUUGACCAAGGGUAAUCUGAAUCUCCGAACCAACACUAUGGCUUUCGAUCAAAACCAAAUUCAAAGGAACAUGAAUGCAUCUAACCCAUUUGGACAAAACCAAGUGCCCAAUUAUCAGUUUCCUAUGCAGCGUAUGUCAUCUCCACAUCAGGCAUCGGGAAGGUAUCCAAGUCACAGCCAGAAGACACCAAGCUCUGGGGGUCAUUUUCAAAAUCCGAUCUUCCCCGUGAGACCUCAAAUUCACAAUCAGUCUGGGAGUCCAAACAUGGCUUUUUGGCAGCAGUCUCAGCAGUGUCAGCAAAAUGACAACCAGAACUACUUGGGACAGUUGCACGUUCAACUGGAGGAAUGCUACUACCAAUUCUACAGCAUCGAAAAAGAACGAAAGAAGACUGAAGUAGAGCUAGCCCGCAUGAAUCCUGGCCGUCGUAUUUCCAGCGCCAACACCAUACAGACUCCUCAGUUACCAGAUAAUCCUACCAGUCUGGACAGGCUGAUUGUUGACUUCUAUAAAGAGCACAGUAGAGUCUCUACAUUGAUGAGUAAGAUUGGUGGUCUAUGUGGUGAUGCCGUCCACCCACGCAUCGAUGCAUACCUUGAGAACUGGGUCGAGGCGAUUCAGGAGGUUAGGCGUAGGGAGGAGCUUCUGAGACGAGGGCUGGGAAGACGUCAGCAGGAUGACAGUGAAGAGGCUGCUGAGAACAAAGGCAAUGUUUUGGUGGAUGUUAUCCAGAAGUUGGCCCUGGCAACCCGCUCAAGCCGCACAGCUUUGUGGUGUGCUCUGCAAAUGUCCAAAGACAACCUGACUCUGCAGUCAUCAGACUGA